AUGCCAAUUACAUUACCCUACAGUUUUGAUGAAACGGAUGAGCUUGUGGUGUUCCGAAUUCAUUUGAAGGGUGCCACUCGGAGUCAGAUGAGUGUCACUGUUGCCGAUUGUUAUGUGAAAGUGAAUUGUCCUCCUCAUCACUUUCUAGAGUUGGACUUGAAAGAGGAAAUUGUAUUGGAUGCGUCGGCAAGAACCCAGAACAAAAUUGAGGGUCACGACUUGGUGUUGCAAUUUAGAAAGGCCGAACGAAAACGUUGGGAGACAGCAGUCAGAAUAAUUGAUGACAACAACGUCACAAAGGAAAUGAUUGAGAAGCGAAGAGCAGAGUCUAUUGAAAGACUAAGAAAAAUUGAAGAACAAGAACGAGAAGAAAGGAAAAAGAAAAAUUGA